CAACAAGAUCACAGAGGUCCGUCGUCCAUGCACCAUGCUUCCGUUUCUUUCCAAAAAUGAAUAAGCUUUGUGUUUGAAUGAUUCAUGCAGAUUAUGGUGCUUCUGGGAGGUUCCUGCCGACCAUGCUUGUUUCUAGACUAGCCGCUGUCAGAACUCAGAUGAUCAACCAUGUAACAAAAGGUCCAUUGAAGUCUUCACCAAAGACAGGAAACUUCGGUGGACUUUACAGUUAUAUUUUCCAUACUCCGAAGCAUCAAGCUUUCUCUACGACAACCCUGCAUGAGGAGGGGGAUAAAAAAGUAGAAGAAAUUUCUGUCACGUUUGUUGACAAGGAUGAGAUGGAGAAGCAUAUUAAGGUUCCUGUUGGAAUGUCCAUGUUAGAAGCUGCUCAUGAAAAUGACAUAGAACUUGAAGGAGCAUGUGAAGGAUCGUGUGCUUGUUCGACAUGUCAUGUGAUUGUGAGAGAUAUGGAAUACUACAAUAAACUCGAAGAUCCAACUGAUGAGGAAAAUGACAUGCUGGAUCUUGCUUUCGGGCUCACAGAGACGUCUCGUCUGGGUUGUCAAAUGGUUGCAAAACGAGAACUUGACGGAAUAUGCCUUGAACUGCCGAGUGCAACGCGCAACUUUGCUGUUGAUAGGCAUGCCAAGGCCACAUAGAAUAGAAUUCUUUUGAUAGGAAGGAGACAGGUAGGACAAUUCUUGCUGAGGAAGCAAAUGGAGCUAUGCCAUUCUUGUAGCACGUCCUAUAUUGCUAGUUUUACGCUUCAAAAAUUAAUUAAAGAAGCAACUUGAUGAAAUUUGGUUGUGCUAGGAAUUUGGUUGAAUACUUUAUGGGUAUUGAUUUUCACAUUUCCGUUUUA